CAUGCAGGUAAGCGCAUCUUGCUCUAAAAAAGUUGAGUACAAGGUCCAUUGCGCGCCACUGUGAAUCAAAGCUUCAUCUCUAUAAUCUUUUUUACCCUUUCACUCCCUCUUUUGCCCAUGAGCAUUUGUCUGGUUGUCCGAACCCUUUCUCUUCACUCAUGAGUCACUCGGCGGCGAAUACGAACUGCGCUACCCGACACAUUCCAUUUACGAAGCCUUACCCGAAGAUCAGCUGGAGCUCUCGAUACAAACAAUUCUAUCAGCAUAUCGAUGUGAUCACCAAUUCCAUGAUCGCUUGUUCGUGAAACAAAAUCCCUCUCUGCCAGAACAAUGGCUUUCGGAUUUGGAAACGUGGGAAAUGCAGGUGGCGGCGGUCUUGGAAACGUUUCCCAAGGCCCUGAUCUAGGGGAGGUUCAGACUGAAGCUCUCGGUUUCCUAUCAUUAUCUGGAGAUGCCAAGCUGCGUUUAACUUCACCGUGGUCUCCACCCCCUGCAGACAACGCCUCUCUUAUUAGCAUCGCCCCGCGGUGCGGUCUUGUUGCUGCCGCGGGUCCCGAUUCUGUCAUCCUAGCUUCUACAGAGGCCGUCCGAAAGGCAUUCGAUAAUCCUAAAGAUGGCGAUAGCGAAAUUAGACCCUUCGAGCCCCAACUGAAGCUGCCACUACCCAUACGAAUAUGUCAACUGGCCUUUACAGCCGAUGAAACCUAUUUGAUACUUUCGGCGGAGCAUGGUGGAGGGUUGGCAGUAUAUGAUGUCCAAUCUCUCCAGCAAGGCUCGAUCCAGACCGCUUUCGAGAUACCUACGAAUGGCGAGUCGCUAAGGGUUUUGGCGCCGAACCCUCGUCCAGAGAAGGGCGAGCUAUGCGCUGUUGUCACUAAUGAAGGCAAGCUUCUUAUGGCGAAUAUGAAGGAACGUAACUUCCAGUCCGGAACCAAUGGCCAAAUCUUGAAGGACCAAGUCAAUUGUGUGGCUUGGAGCAACAAGGGCAAGCAAUUGUUAGCUGGACUUGGUGAUGGUACAAUACAGCAGAUGACUCCUGAAGGUAUCACCAAGGCCGAAAUUCCUCGCCCGCCAAGUUUGAACGCAACCUAUUUUGUUUCUUCCCUGGCAUGGCUUGAGAAUGAUGUAUUCUUGGUUUUUCAUAUUUCGGCUACAGAGCAACCUCUCCAGGCCACAUGCCAUCUCGUUACAAGACAAGGCCAGGAUUUCCAGUUCCAAAAGCUGAAUGACCCCGUAGAUGCUUUUAACAACGACAAGACCCCGCAUCACACGAUCGUGCGGUUAAAGGACUUUCCGCCGAAUCUUCAGGACCUUUUAAUUUUCUCGUCAACCGCCAGCCCUGAUAUUGGCCUUCUUACACGGUCAAAGACGCCAUUAGGCCCCGGGGGCCCUUCGAAUGUCUUCGCUACUGUCGAACUAGCUGACGAUUCUAAGCGUGCCACUCUACCAAUGGACGAAAAUAUGGGAACCCCAACACCAAUCGGCACGACACUGGAUCUGUCUGGCCGAGAGAAUGUCUAUAAACCUAUACCUACCGAUGAGCUGGACCAAUCUCCUGGGCCGCUACCGGGUUACUGGGUCCUCAAUGCCGAAGGCGUGCUUUCUGUUUGGUGGAUAGUGUAUUCCGAAUCGAUUAGAGGAGGCACCACAUAUCCAGGACUGGCAGCUAUGGGAGGUGGUAUUGCAAGUUUUGCUGAGACGACGAUCUCUAAAGGGGCUCAACCGAACUCGUUUGUGACCCCAGCUUCGUCGCCGUUUGGGGCUCCGCCAGUGGUUACAGGGGCGGCAUUUGGUAGUACUUCAAUGCUUGGCUCGAAGAACUCACCCUGGGGGGCUCCACCUCCAUCUUCUGGUGGCGCCGGGCCUACGUUUGGCUCGGGUGCAUUUGGCACAUCAGCAGCUUCCUCGGCGCCAAAGCUUGGUCAACCAUCUUUCGGUGUCCCUAGUCUUAGCACCACUGCUGCUGCACCUGCCUUUGGACAGUCUACGGGGAUUGGCUCUAGAUCGUCCCCUUGGGGCUCUGGACCUUCCUCUUCUAGCACUCCUGUUUUUGGCCAAGCAAGUCAUACAGUUAGAUCCGAAGGAGCCUUUGGAGGCUCAAGUCUCAGCUCCACAAACGCCAAUAGUGGAUUUGCCACUUUUUCAAACAAGGGCGGUUUCGCGUCUCUUGGGUUGAAGAACAAUGCAGGCGGGCCAAGUAUAUUUGCUUCUACAAAAUCAGAAGCACCCGAAGUCUCCAUGGACGCCGACGCUACGUCUGCAUUCCGGGUUCCAGGUUCCAAGCCAAACACGAGUGGCGGAAAUGUCUUCGGUUCACAACCGUUUAAACUGACUUCUAGUUUCCAACGUGACCCGAAUGCAAAAGACGAUGACGCCGAUAUAAAGGGAUCGGGCGCUGAGACAUCGAUGUUCGGCAAAAAUUUUACUGCUACAAUAGACGUGACAGCGAAGUCGGUAGCCUCGAACCCUUUCGCUACUGGGGCACAAAGUACUUUUGGACAGCUAACAGCCCCUUCCAUGGGUGUAGACUCGACCACACCGACCUCAACGCCUGCACCCUCCAAAUUCUUAUCACCAACCUCUUCAGCUCCGCAGGGUAAAGGUCUCUUCGAUUUCCACCCGAACCCGCCCGGUAGCCUAAGCAGCACGCUUGUAUCCUCUACAUCCCAAACACCAACUGCUGGAUCCCCUCAGGCGAAGGCAGAGUCAGAAACUCCUAAACCAUUGAGAAGUUUUGCUACCGCACCUCUGCCACCGGAAUCUACCAGCAAAGCUACUUAUUCAUUAGGCGACUCAUCGUCUUCGUCCGCUGCCACCGUGGACGCCCCAGACACUACAGGGACGCCGCUCAAGGUUGAAGAGGCACCCUUCCCCCCUGACUGUGCCGACUCAACUCCUAAGAGCACGGACCAGGAGAUGCCACGUGAAGAAUCUCCCGUUGUUGACGACGCGCCUUUACCCCCCGAUCCGGUAAAGAAUAAGAAGGCAUACGAUGCUCCCCUUCCCCCAUUGCCCGGCAUUGUGUCUAAACCCAAACCAGUGGACGAUUCGCCGUUACCACCUGAUCCAAUCAAGCAGCCGAAAGCUUAUGUGACCAAGCUGCCCGCCCUUCCCAUUGCUAAGCCAGCUUCCGAAGUUAUUGGACCCGGAUUCAAAUUUCCCACAAACCCCCUUCCUGUCUCGUCAGAUACAGAUGACGACGACGAAGACGACGACGACGGAAGCGGCGGCGGCGAUGGUGAUGGUGGCUUAUCCGAAGUAGAAGAAGGUACUGAGGUCGUCAGUGAAGGUAGUGGUGUUGAUGUCGCAAAAGAUCUCAGUCCGUCCAGUAUAGGUAUUAGCAAGACCCCCGGAUUUACUCCCCAAAGCUCAUUUGAUGGCUUGGCCGGAAGCUAUUCUACCAUAUCCCGACCAGAUCAAGAGAGGCGAAGCUUCUUUGGUGACUUAGGACGAAAUGCCCCGGUUUUCCCUCGGCCAAAUCCCAUCAGUCCUCGUUCACCAAGUCCUGUUCGAGGUGCGGCGGUACCGUCAAGAAUGCUUGGUAAGGACCAGCCGCGGUCGUUCAGUGCGCCUGGAAUGGCAUCUCAUAUCCUUGGUGUUUCUAGACGGCAGCAGCCUCACUUUGGAUCUUCUAUCGUUAGCAAGGACACUUAUGUUGAAGAUGCGAUGAUUGAGCAGCAACGAAGAGCUAAGGCAAGAAAGGAGGCCGAGGAAAACCAGUUGCUUCUCGAUGAAGAGGAUGACACGGUCCAAUGUCUUCUAAACACAGAGGUCAAGCCAACAUUAGAGCUUGAUGAGUUUGUUGCUCACUCAGGUGUAGCACCGCCAGCUGGAGAUAGUGUUCCGGCGCAGGUCGAGGCUGUGUAUCGUGAUAUCAAUUCUAUGAUCGAUACUCUCGGGCUCAAUGCACGAUCCCUCGCAGGCUUUAUUAAGGGCCAUCAGGAUCUCUGCGCCGAAGAAUAUACGAGGCAAGACUUAGCUACUCCGGACGAUUGGGCUUUAAUCGGACUAGAGAGCUUGUCCCAAGUUAUUGAUCGGGAUCUCAAUAAUGCUCUUAGCGAGGCAAGGGUUACGAAUUCAGCAAGAAAGCUUACAGAGUGUGAGGAUAUUCAGCGUGAGCUGGUCCGCGAUCGCAACAAACAGGCGGAUCUAAAAAAAAUCAUUGCCUCCCGUGCCGAUCCAGAACAGACCGUCGCGAAUCGCGCUUUACCCCUUAGCGCAGAGCAGGCGUCACAGCAGAGUGAUUUGAGGCGGGAGUAUGCCAAAUUUACAAAGCUCUUGGCGGAGGCCGAGGAGAACCUAACUCUGCUUAAGGCUAAGAUCGUCUCUGUGAACAGCGCCACCGGAAAAGGCGGGUCGACGCCAACCAUCGAAGCUGUUGUGCGCACCAUUACUAAACUGACAAGUAUGGUCGAGAAACGUAGUGGCGACAUUGACGUUCUAGAAAACCAAAUGAGGAAGCUACGAGUCGGUUCGCACGCUCCCAGUAGUCGUGAAGGUUCGCCUUUUGCUACGCCCAAUGCCAAGAGAUUGAAUGCGUCAUCAAUUUUCUCCCCUGACCGCUCAGUGCGGGAGAGCACGCCGCAGCGUAGUAGCGUUCUACGCCACUCAAUGUCGGGUUCGAUAACAAGUCUUGGUGGUAGCAUGUUUCAAACACCGCCACGCAAGAAGUUAAACAGCUUCGGGGACCUGGAGAGGAAGGCUGCGAAAGAGAAGCGAGAACGCAGGGCGGUUGUGCUUGGGAAGCUCAAGAGCAGCCUCGAGAAAAAAGGCGUCGGUGUUUGGGCCGUAGAUGAUAAAUAAGUAGGAUUGUUUCACGUCAAUAAGCGUCGUAUCU